AAUGGUCCCAAAAGCAAACCCCACGAGGAUAGACGAAAUUGGGGAAUUCUUGAUUUUCUGUCCAGUCCUCUAUAGUCUGCUUGACUUCUAAUCCACACCCCAUAAUUCUCAAGAUUAUAAAUAGGUAAAUUCACUCACUCAUUUCUUCAUUGUUUCUUAGACUCACCAAAAGAUUUGGCUAAAAAGUUUGCAUUUUUUUUUUUUGAGUUUUUUUUCCCCCAAAGUCUAAGUUAAAAAAAAAGAAAGAUGGAUUUUGUUUUUAUACCUCAAAGGAAGCAACUUUUUGAGAACCCCAUUUGUGGAAAACUUGUAAAACCCAAAUUAGAGAUGUUUAUCAAUAAUGGGUAUCUUCCUGAUUGGUUCUUGAUUGAAGUUUUAUCAAGAUUGCCUUUAAAAUGUGUUUUUAGGUACAAAUGUGUGUCAAAACGAUGGCGUUUCUUGAUUUCUUCACCUUCUUUUGCUUCCCUUUAUAUUUCUAGAGCUUCUUUAUUACCACAACCUUGGACUAUUCUUACUAACACUCUUUAUGUAAAGGGUGUUAACUAUUUAGUUCAGUCAUUUUUGCCUGACUUGUUCGUCGAUAAUAUGUUACAUACAAGAUUUAGUACAAUUCCUUUCCCUUAUAUUGUUCGCCCUGAGGGCAAACAAUAUAAGAUUGUAGCAGUUAGUGAUGGGCUAGUAUUGUAUGUUCGUGAUAUGGGUGUUGAAGUAAGUGAUUAUCACAUUUACAAUGCUAUUACGGGGCAUUGUGUUGCUCUUCCUCGAACUUCCACACGUUUUGGAUAUGUUAGUACAGGAUUUUUAACGAAAUCUGAAGGGGGGUCUCUGACGAGCUAUAAAGUAGUGAGAUUCGAUUGUCAGUUUGGCGAGUCGUAUAUGCUCAAGUUUGAAGUAUUCUCGUCCGAGACUGGACGUUGGAGGAAAGUUGUCGUGCAUAUGGAUCGAGCAAUUGAAAUCGUGUGGCUCAGGAGGCCUGUCGCUCUGAAUGGGAAGCUACAUUGGAUUGUUCGUCGUCAUGGGAUUUUGGCAUUUGAUCCUUUUAGUAACAUCAAUCAAUGUCGCGUAAUUGGACUUCCUGCUGAUAUUGAUGAGCAAUGCAUUGAUGCUAGAAAUAAUGGAAUUCCUGUUUUGCUUGACGUUCAUCAGGGUCGGUUGAGGUAUACUGAGGUGUCCGUUAAGCCUGUAUAUCCCUUUGGAUUUUCGGGCUUUUCUGUUUGGGUUCUUGAUGAGUAUGACUCUUCAAGUUGGAUUCUGCAGCACAGGGUGAAGAUCCGGGACAUCUCAUUCGAAGAUUGUUUAAUUAGCAAAGCGUUAAAUGGGAUCAUUCCUACUCCGAUCGCCUUCCAUCCGCUUGAUGCCAACGUAUUUUACCUUGGUUUUGGGGACACUGUCGUCUCAUAUGAUAUGAAAACAUUAAAAUUGAAUGCCCUUGUUGAUCCAGCUGGCAUUCGAAGUAGCCUUAAAGGAACGCCUUGCUGGUCAUCAGCGUUCGUGUUGACGCUUCCUCCAUGGCCAAUUUCUCUUCCUAGUAUAAGAAAGAAAAAGUAAGCAAAUGCUGAUGGUUUCUGUGUAUUGAUAAACUAAUAAAGGGCUGCUUGCUCUCCAGUCAUUUAGUUUAGAAACAUUUUCUUUUACUGAUCAUUUCUGUAGUGGCCUAAUGGCACAAGAUUCCUCGUGCUUUAACGUGCUGCUGAGUAUAUUUGCAUGCUAUUCAUAGUGUAUUCUUAA